ACGUAUUUGUGAAUCAGCUAGUGCGGAGCCGUGGUCGAUGAGUUAGGUUCGUGCUCUAUUUUGAAAUUCGUUCAAUUGAAGUAAAAGCCGUGCCAGUUAAGCCGGUAGCUCGGUUAUUCCAAUCUUCUCUAGAUCGAUUGUUAUAUUAAUAAAAAUUUUAUCAGUGCUAAUUCAAAAUUGCAUAAGAAAAAUAGUUACGUCAGUACCAUACUGAAAAUAGUAUUGGUAUUAUUCUGGCACGAGAUCGGUGGCAAAUCAAUAAAACCGAGUAAAUGGCUUUUUUGCGAGCCCUUUUAAGAUGUAGUGCCGUCAAAAAUCGUCGAUUAUUCGCAGCGUCCUGUCAAAAGCUAGAGUUCCGGCAGGUUGCCCUCAAGUCAACAGCUGCCACUACUAUAGUAUCAGAUAACUCGGAAGCAGCUACAACUGCCGGUUCGGGACAACCCCCUAAAGAUCCUCUUGAUAUUACAUUUGAAAACGCUGAAGCUGCUUUUAAAAGCAAGACAAAUUUAGAACUAAUUAGAGCUUAUAUCGUCUAUACACUAUGUUCCUUCGAUUAUUUAGUACAAAACAACAUGAAGGUAAGUAAGCUCCUUAAAUUUUCUUUUUAAAUUACAUAUUGAUGU